AUGCCACGCUCACCCGUGCUCUUCCUGCUGCUCCUUCUGCUGCAGCCGCAGCCGGCACCCGGCCUCGGGCUCCGCGGCGCGGGCGGCCAUAACCCCGAGUGCGAUCCGUGCCGGCCGGAGCGCUGUCCCGAGCCCGCGCGCUGCCCCGCGCCCAGCAUCGCUGCGCGCGACGAGUGCGGCUGCUGCGCGCGCUGCCUGGGCGCCGAGGGCGCGAGCUGCGGGGGGUGGGCCGGCGUGCGUUGCGGCCCCGGGCUGGUGUGCGCGAGCCGCGCCGCGGGGGCCGGGCCCGAGGGCACUGGGCUCUGCGUGUGCGCGCAGCGCGGCGCCGUCUGCGGCUCCGACGGCCGCUCGUACCCCAGCGUUUGCGCGCUGCGCCUGCGCGCCCGGCAGGUGCCGCGCGCGCACCCCGGCCACCUGCACAAGGCGCGGGACGGACCCUGCGAAUUUGCUCCUGUGGUCAUCACUCCACCCCGGAGUGUUCACAAUGUCACCGGGGCACAGGCAUCCCUGUCCUGUGAGGUGAGAGCUGUGCCUGCCCCAGUUGUCACAUGGAGGAAGGUCACACGGUCUCCUGAGGGCACCCAGAUGCUGAAGGACCUGCCUGGGGACCACAUCAAUAUAGCUGUCCAGGUGCAAGGGGGCCCUUCUGACCACGCAGCCACGGCCUGGGUUUUGAUCAACCCUCUGAGGAAGGAAGACGAGGGGGUGUACCAGUGCCAUUCAGCCAACGCGGUUGGGGAGGCCCAGUCGCACGGCACAGUCACCGUGGUGGAUCGGAGCCAGUACAGAGCCGCCCGCUUCCCAGGUCCAGAUGACCACAUGUGAGGGGGGUCUUAGAAACAUUGAUUACAGGAUGAUGGAAAAGUCAAGUCAUGGAUCUUGUUUGCUUUGUGAAGAAUUGGAAGAACUGUGUUUGUAGAUAACCGCUUUCGUAUGUUUUUAAAAAUUAGAUGCAAACUAGAUUCGUAUGCAGAUGUAGUUUUUAGCAGGGCAAACAUUGGGAAAACAGACUGCAUGUAGCCUUUUUAUACUUCUGAAAUGAAUAGCUCUGUGAGAAUUCUUUUUUUAACUUCUCCCUCCAAGGGAAGGUCACCUUAGGUAUAUUUGUAAUUCUAAAGGGCUGGACCGAGGUGUGUGUCAGCUGUGACUCUUUACCUCAUUUGUGUAGGGCUGAUUAGUGACUUAGUAUGUGUUGUAGGAAGAGGGGGGGGGUCCUGCUGUCCUCUGCCUGACCUCUCUAACUUUGCUGUGUGAACUGGGUAGGUCCCUCCCUCUCUGAGCCUUGUUCUCUUCAGCUGUGAAUGUGGUAUUUGGACUGGAUGUUACCCAUGUCCCUUCAAACACUGUCAUCCUGGAGUAAGACGGUCCUACAGAAAAAAUAUGGGAAGUGUAGUCUUAGCAUUCUUUUAAAAAUAAUAUUCCCUCAAAAACAAAUGCCAUUGCUUCACAUGAAGGUGUGGAUAGCUGUUAUUCCUGCUGCUUUCCCAUUAUAAAGAGACUCAGUCCUAG